UUACCAUUCAUUAGCUACGUAGCGGCGAUGGCAGCUCUGAGGACGGCACUUCAUGGACGGUUCAUUCAAGCCAUCCCCUACUCUUUGGGGUCGUUGCGGUUUGCCAGCUCAUUCAAGUUUAAUUGAAGUGCUUAAUUGGCUCCCAAGACCACCAUUAAUUUCCGCUCCAAGCAUGCCCUUUCAUUACAAUAAAUAAAAUCAUUGUGUUCGGCCCUCGCUCUGUUCCUUUCCCCUCCUCGUCUGUCUGUCCGUCUGUCUCUUCUGCUCCGCCCGCUUCCUCUCUCAGGCCGCAGACCUCACUAUCGAGCGCAACACUGCAGGGAAGCCCAAGCCAGACCCCGCCUCCCUGGUGUUUGGCAAGCAGUUUUCAGACCACAUGCUGACCAUCUAUUGGUCAGAGAAAGAGGGCUGGAAGGUUCCCCAGAUCAAGCCCUUUCAGAACCUGUCGCUGCACCCUGCCACCUCUGCCCUGCACUACUCCAUAGAGCUGUUUGAGGGCAUGAAGGCGUUCAGAGGGGUGGACAACCACAUCCGUCUGUUCAGACCCAACCUGAACAUGGAGAGGAUGCACCGCACUGCAGACCGCAGCUGUCUCCCUUUGUUUGAUAAGGUGGAGCUGUUGGAGUGCAUCAGGAAGCUGGUGGAGGUGGACAAGGAGUGGGUCCCCUACUCCCUAGACGCCAGCCUCUACAUCAGACCCACCUUCAUUGGGAUUGAGCCUUCCCUGGGUGUGUCGAGGGCCAGCCAAGCCCUAAUAUUUUGCAUCGUGGGUCCUGUAGGGCCCUACUUUACCACAGGGGCCUUCAGCCCAGUCUCUUUGCUGGCAGACCCAAGCUAUGUCAGGGCCUGGAGAGGGGGGGUCGGAGCCUACAAGAUGGGGGGUAACUAUGGGCCUACUAUAGCAGUGCAGAAUGAGGCUAUAAAGCAGGGCUGUCAGCAGGUCCUGUGGCUGUAUGGAGAGCAGGAGGAGAUCACAGAGGUCGGCACUAUGAACCUCUUCAUCUACUGGACGAAUGAGGGAGGAGAGAGAGAGUUGCUGACUCCUCCUCUGGAUGGCAUCAUUCUCCCAGGAGUCACCAGACAGUCUCUGCUAGACCUGGCCAGAGAAUGGGGAGAGUUCAAAGUGACAGAGCGCACCAUGGGCAUGAAGGAGCUGCUCGGUGCUCUGGACUCAGGCAAGAUUACGGAGGUGUUUGGUGCCGGGACGGCCUGUGUCGUCUGUCCCGUCGGCAGCCUGCUCUACAAAGGGAAGACCUACCAAAUUCCUACAAUGCAGAAUGGUCCAGACCUGGCCAAGCGAUUCCACAAAGAGCUGACAGACAUGCAGUAUGGCCGGAAACAGAGUGAAUGGGCACCACUGGUCGUUUAAUUGGCAGCUUGCACAUGCCAAUCAUAUCGCGACCAGUCCCCCACUCCAUCUUCAAGACCAGCAGCUUCAGCACAACCCAUAAUGCACUCCUUCUGAUAGGCUGGCUGACCGGCAGAGAUGAACAGGUCACGUCUGUUACUCUUGGUGUUCCUGCGGGGACUUGUAAAGGGAUAGGGUUAGUCUGUCAUUCAAAUGUUGCAACUUGCAUGGAAUACCGACAGUUACACAAUACUGUAUAAGUAAUGCUGUGAAACGGCCGCAGCUUCGGUUCAACCAACCUAGUCUGUAUUUCUGUAUUAGGAACAAAGUCAGUCUUUUUCCUAUGCAGUCCUUUAUCAUACUGUAGCACAGGUUACAGAAGAAAUCGUCCUCCAAGCUUUUUAAUAAACACUACAUGAGAUGGUCUAUAGGGUUGUCCAUGCUAUUAGACACAAACUGAUGUAUUGUUGUAAUAGUUUAAAUAUGCAAUACGCACAACUAUUGUAGGUGAUUACUGGUAUGUUAUAUUGGUCAUUUGCAAUAUGGGAAUAACUUUUUACAGGUACUUAAUAGGAACAAUUGAGUCUGUUAGACAUUUUCACUGGCUGACAUCAGGAAUGUGUUGACUGUACUGUUAUUGUUAAGUGACUGUAGGAACAGAUCAGAUCAAAACCACGUCACAGGAUUUGUUACUUUCUAAAUGUCACUAUAUAACCUGAGGAAGUACAAUAUGAUUUAAAAUACUUUUUGUUGCUGUAGAACCCAUGUAUAUCAGGCCAGGAAUACAAAUGGUUAUACAUACCAUGCUUUUCAACAAUCUCCUAGAAAUGAGUUUACACUGACCUUAGUUUGAUAUAAGUCUGUGACUGAGCAGAAGAAAGUCAGUCAAGUGAUCGGUGUGUCUUUCUGGAUUGGAAAGGUGCCACUAAGAAAGUGAUGUUGAAAAGAUUGAGAUUAAAAUGGAGAGGUCAAAGUGAACUCAAGCAUGCACAAAGAGGUUAGCUAUAGCUACAUGAUAUACUUAAGCAAUAAGGCCCGAGUGGGCGAGGUAUAUGGCCAAUAUACCAUGACUAGGGGCUGUUCAUAUGCGGAGUGCCUGGAUUCAGCCCUU